AUGGAUGCGAAUAACAACGAGAUUCACCUCCCAAUCAGCAAACCCUCCUCACCGCAAGGCAUAUUAAGUCAAUCACUUUUUCCAUUUUCUCAAUCUCCCCGGACUAGCUCCGUUGACCCGCCACCACCAAUUUCAUCGCUGUGCGAUUGGGUCACAGGCAAUGUGUCUCUAGUACAGCAACCCCGGAAUAUUGAUCUACCCGCCGACAAUAACUCGCCACCACCAAUUGAAUCGCUGUGCGAUUGGGUCACAGGCGAUGUGUCUCUACUGCAACAGCCCUGGAAUAUUGAUCUACCCGCCGACAUUAACUCGCCACCACCAAUUGAAUCGCUGUGCGAUUGGGUCACAGGCGAUGUGUCUCUACUGCAACAGCCCUGGAAUAUUGAUCUGCCCGCCGACAUUAACCCGUCGCCACCAAUUGAAUCGCUGUGCGAUUGGGGGACAGGCGAUGUGUCUCUACUGCAACAGCCCUGGAAUAUUGCUCUGCCCACCGACAAUAACCCGUCGCCACCAAUUCACCCCAGCCAAGGCGUGGGCACAUCUAUGCUUGAUCAGAGUUUGGAAACCCUUGAUUCGCCCUCUAGGCAGUCUUGUUCUGCAUCAAGAGAAAAUACGUCAUUUCGAGACCCGGAGAUUAGCUGUCAAGGCCUUCCACUCUCGCACACAAUUUAUUGCCAUGUUUCACACCCUUCUGUGAGCACAGUGGCAGCGAUGUGA